AUGGAUGAACCGCAGCUCGAAUACAUCACUGACAGUGAUGAUGACAGCAAUGACUCGCAGCCGGACGUCGAUUUCCAAGGAGAUUGCUUGAAAUCGUGCGAACUGCCUUUCAAAGACAGAAGAGAGACUGCACUUCGAAGAAAGCUGAGGCUCAAACGACUCCGACGAAAUCUGCUUCGAGCCCAAGUCGCGGGAACUCUGGCUAGGGCCCGGCUACGGGAAGCCAGGGAGCAGCUUAGUGAGCUGGAGCAGCGAUCCCGAAAUCGAGACAGGACGAGGAAAGUCCAAACGACCUGGAAAACCAAGCUUGCCAUGAUGCUCCGAGGCAACGAGGAGAGUUUAUCGUACGCCAAUCUUUACAAACUCUCAUGCAGAGAAGAAAAUUCCUCCACAUUGCUUCAUCCUAUGCUGCGCCUUAGAGCGCCGAAUACCAACGAGCUCGCGGCAGAGCUCGCAGCCCAGCGAGAGAGCCUGGCCGGCGAGGCGCGCGACGAACCUGUGUCCGUCCAGGUCCAUUUCGAGAGGCCAUUCCCACAAGACAUUCUAAUCAAGAUACUAAAGUAUGCUCUCGUCUUCCCCGGCGAGCCGGUGCAUGUCGUCUCGCGGCUCGACGAGCAUCAGUUCCCCGACGAAACCCACGUCCUCGCCCGUCCCAACGACGAACUGGACCCAGAGGGCACGCACCUGCGGCUUCUGCGACGCUUUCUCGUCGGCGAGGGCCCGUUCAGCCUGACUUACGCCCAGAAGCCCAAUGAGCUGCUGGCGCCACUGCUGGUCAGCAGGCAGUGGCACUACAUCGCCACUAACCUGUUCUACGGGCUGAACCGGUUCUGCUUCUCGUCUCUCGGCGAGCUGGGCCGCUUUGCCCGCGGCAUCGGCCCGCGCCUGCAGCGCGUCCAGGACAUCGAGCUGUUCUGGAUCGGCUCCUUCGAGGUCCUCUUCAAGAUCAACCGCUCCGGCCGCUUCGUCUCGCGCCGGAGCCAGCCGCUCUCCUGGCUGCCCGAGGCGCGCCGCCUCAAGCGCGUCGGCGUCUACCUGCGCGCCAGCGACCCGGCGCACAUGCGCCGCCGGCACGAGAUCCUCGGAAAGGUGCGCUUCGACAAGAACCACACGAUCAACCAGGCCAACUUUCGCCAGCAGCGCAACAUGUACACCGUCCAAGGCAUGGACAACAUGUGGUGCCUGCGCGGCACGCACGCCGUCAAGUUCUGGGACUACGACGAGUUCCUCAACGGCGGCGCGGCGAACCGCUGCAUCCGCGACCACGACUUUAUCGCGCAGAUGAACGACGUCACGGGCCGGCCCAAGGCGCCCGCGGACGAGCGCAUGGCGCGGUUCCGCCACCUCUGCGCGCUGAGCGCCGCCUACGUGCCCUCCGAGGCGGAGGUUUGCGCGGUGGAGUACGCUGUUCACAUGGAGCCGGAGAGGGACGACGGGAGGGUGGACGUGCACGAAGAGCCCAAUGAUAGUGGCCACGGCAGCGAUCAAGACAGUCCGGGCGACAGCUCCGACGACAGUGACGGACCCCCGCCCGGCGGCCCCCCCGUCAUUGUCGUGGACGACGACGACGACGACGACGACGAGGGCGUGGCCAUGUCCGACGCGCCCCUCAACGCGGAGCAGGAUGGCGCCGAAAUGACCUAUGGCGGCAGACAGGGCCACGGCGCGGCCAUGGCCGGGACCUCACCCGACGGUGCCGGCGGCGGCUCACCUCUGGCCGACGGCCGGCUCUGGAGCCCCUCGCUGUUUUUCGGGCCCCUGUCGCCCCGGCGGCUCUCGACCAUGCCGCCGUACACCGCCUCUGCGGGCUCCGUGGACCCCGAGUCGAGCCUGUUUUUCCGGGGCAGCAGCACGAUCACGGUCAAGGAUGACGACGAUAGCAAUAACGACGACAAUGGUGAGGGCAACGAUGCCGGCGCCGCGCCGGUCGUGCAAGGCCGCCGGCCGGUUCAGGAUUGGGAGAUGGACGACGAUGAAGAAGGAAGCGAGGAAUCGGAUGAUGACGACGACAAGGACGAAAAGAAGUAG